CGCCACAGACGGUAGACCCGCCUCCAGAUGUCCCGAACCAAUCAUAGGCCGGUCAUUUCUAUUCAAAGGCCUCACUUUACUUUACCUUUUCUACGACAAAACCUACGAAUCCCUCUCCAUUGCCAUCCGGUCUCUCCACUCCCUCUGCUCAAUUGAGCAACCAAACACCUUCAAGAUGCUGUCCAGGACUACCGCGCCGUCGGCAGCGUCCGCGAAGGCCCUAUCACGUAUCGCUCUACCGUCCUGCUCGAGAUUACCGCAACAGUCUACGUCCCAGCAGAACCGAUGUUUCGCGACCGUCCAGGAUGGAACCCCGAAACGAACAUAUGGCGGCCUUAAAGACCAAGAUCGCAUAUUCCAGAACCUCUACGGCCGUUACCCCGCCGACCUAAAAUCGGCUAAGAAGAUGGGAGAUUGGCACAAGACGAAAGAGAUCAUUCUAAAGGGUCACGACUGGAUCAUUGGUGAGAUCAAAGCUUCGGGCCUACGAGGUAGAGGAGGAGCUGGUUUCCCUUCUGGUUUAAAAUGGUCGUUUAUGAACUUCAAAGAUUGGGAUAAGGACACAAAACCCCGAUACCUGGUUGUCAACGCCGAUGAAGGCGAGCCUGGCACCUGCAAAGACCGAGAGAUUAUGCGAAAGGACCCCCACAAGCUUAUUGAAGGAUGUCUAGUUGCUGGCCGAGCCAUGAACGCCACCGCUGCCUAUAUUUAUAUCCGUGGAGAGUUCAUCCUCGAAGCUGCCGUCUUACAACGGGCCAUCAACGAAGCCUACGCCGAUGGAUUAAUCGGUAAAAAUGCCUGCGGCUCCGGAUACGACUUUGACGUAUACUUACACCGCGGUGCUGGUGCGUACGUCUGUGGUGAGGAGACGUCAUUAAUCGAAUCUUUGGAGGGCAAACCCGGUAAGCCUCGUCUAAAGCCUCCGUUCCCGGCCGCUGUGGGUGUAUUCGGUUGUCCAUCUACCGUCGCCAACGUCGAGACCAUUGCUGUCGCCCCCACGAUCUGCAGGAGAGGAGGUAGCUGGUUCGCUUCUUUUGGCCGUGAGCGAAACCAAGGAACGAAGCUUUUCUGCAUUUCCGGUCACGUCAACAACCCCGCGACCGUCGAGGAAGAGAUGAGCAUUCCCCUGCGUGAACUCAUCGAGAAGCACUGCGGUGGCGUCAGGGGUGGUUGGGACAACCUGCUUGCCAUCAUCCCUGGUGGCUCGUCUACUCCUAUUCUCCCUAAGAGUAUAUGCGAUGACCAACUAAUGGACUUCGACGCCCUUAAGGACAGCCAAUCUGGUCUCGGUACUGCUGCCGUCAUUGUCAUGGACAAGAGCGCCGAUGUCGUCCGAGCUAUUUCCCGAUUAAGUCAUUUCUACCGACACGAGUCUUGUGGACAGUGCACACCGUGCCGUGAGGGUAGCAAGUGGACCGAACAAAUCAUGAGCCGCUUCGAGAAGGGAAUAGGCCGCGAGCGGGAGAUUGAUAUGUUGCAGGAGUUAACGAAACAAGUUGAAGGACACACGAUUUGCGCUCUUGGCGAGGCGUUUGCCUGGCCCAUCCAGGGUCUUAUCCGCCACUUCAGACCCGAGCUGCAGGCGAGGAUGCAGAAGUACGCAGCGGAACACGGUGGUGCACAAACUCUGGCUGGUGGAUGGGAUCCCAAUUCCCGAGCAGAAGGCAAGCUGGUUGCCCCUGGCCAAUAGACUUGAACGGAUCGUCUAUUAUACUAUAGUGCUAGAUGGCGUAAUACGAAGGGUUAGAGAAAUACUCAGCCACGUUGUACACCACAAAUACUCGUUACUUUGUACAUAUCCGCACAGAGGCAGCACUCAAUUC